CUUCCUCUGGGGAAAAAAGAAAAGAAAUUAAAAAAAAAUGGAGCACCAUCAGAGCAAGAGCGAUACACUUUCUCCCCAUCCGAAUCCAAACCCGAACCCGUGCCCCAUCUGCCUCGGACCCGUCAUCGAUGAGUCGUAUUUGGACCAAUGUUUCCAUAAAUUUUGCUACAACUGCAUUUUGCGUUGGACCAAAGUGGUAGCUUCAAAUUACUCUGCACCACCUACUUCAGUAAAAUGUCCUUUAUGCAAGACUGAGAACUUUUCUAUUAUACACGGAUGUGAUGGAAUUUCUUUCCAAAGGCAUUUCAUUGGUCAGGAUUUUCAUAAAAGUGAUUUCUUUACAAAAGCACACAAAUACAGGCUACAGUCCUAUUACUGUGAAACAGGUACAUUAAUUGAUAUAUUUAAUCCAACCCGUUAUUGGAAGUUGCAGAAGUAUCUUCAGCCAAGUCAUUGGCUCUAUGACUGGAUGAGAAGGGAAAUUCAAGCUUUAACUCAGGAGGAGGAUGUUGACAUUGUUGUUCAUCACAUACUCGGUGUUAUUGAAUCCUGGAGAAGAAAUGAGCAAACCAGUUCAAGAACAUCACCCGAGGCAAAGCGAGAAAGAUUUAGAAUCCUAGUCUCUGAGGCAGCCAGAUGCUUCCUAACAGGCAGAACAAAUCAAUUUGUGAUUGAGUUGGAAAUGUUUCUUGCCUCAGGAUUGAAUAUUGAUGCAUAUGAUAAAGUCUAUCUGAAGAAUUUGGGUUGGAAAAUUCCUGAAAUAAGUGAGGAUGAGGAAGAACCUCAUGAACAUGCCCCUGCAGUUCCAAACUUGUACUUGAUUGAUGAGGACUCUGAUUAUACAGAGUAGAAUUUCUUCCUUGGCUUCCGAUUAAUUCGUUCUAUUCCAUCCUUCUGGUCUUGUAAUAUAAUCUCUGACCUGUCUCUUUGUACCCAGUGGAACAUCAUCUAUCCGGUAGUGGUAAUUACCUCACUCCAUCAUUAUGUGGAUCCCUUC